UCAACUCGGUGCGAAGCAAAGCUAACGUUAGCUACCUUCAAUUUUGUAAUUUUGUAUUUUUCGCAAUUUUGGACAGCUGGCUGCUUUUGUAAUUUUGGACUGCUGGCUGUCAACAACAGAACGGAGGUUGAUUACAGAUGUCAACACAAGACACACUGCUCCGGGCCCAAGGACACACGCUGUCCUGCCACCAUGACUGUGGUCCUGAAAAGGAGUACAGAGGACAGGAGGUCAAGAUCAACAGAUCGUCAUUUGGGGGAAGGGUACCUGCUUCAGGUGAAAUGGAACAACAACCACAACCACCUUCUUAUUAGUGCGGAUGCUCUAAGGAAGAGAGAUGUUUCCAAAGAGACAGUGGAGCGUUUUAGUGACCUUUUCCAACAAGGCCACUCCCCCUCAUCUGCCCUUGACACAAUAAAAUAUGACCUGCAGGAGGAGAAAGGUGACGACUAUUUUCUGGUGGCUGCAGAUCGGUCAAUUGUUCCUGACCCUGGGUUUUGCUACAGGCUGUACUACAAAAUCUUCGCAAAGGCCUAUGGAGUUCCCUCAGGCGAAGGGAUGGCUGUGGAUCUUCAAAAAAGAUUAGACGCCAUCAACCAGGAGCACGGUGGCAGAUGUGCUCAGAUGGAGGUAAAGGAUGGACAGCUCAUAGUGGCCAUUUGUACACCCGUUAUGCAGCGCGUCCAUGCAGCAGUCCAGCAGAGCGGAGAGCUAGUCUUUGUCGAUUCCUCAGGGAAUUGUGACCGGGAGAACCAUCGCAUUUUCUUGCUGAUGACACACUGUGCCGCAGGGGGGGUCCCUUUAGGUGUUCUCAUCACAACAUCUGAAAAUACACCAACGCUGCAGGCUGGAUUCACUCUACUCAAAGGUCUUCUGCCACCAGACGGCUUCUUUGGACGUGGCAUGGAGGGCCCCCAGACCAUCAUGACGGACGACUGUGAUGCCCUCCGCCAGUCCCUCCAUGCCACCUUCCCGACAUCCAGGCUGCUGCUCUGUACAUUCCACCUGCUGCAGGCAAUGUGGCGUUGGCUUUGGGACAGCCACAAUAAGAUUGUCAAAGAGGACCGACCCCAGCUGUUGACCGAGUUCAGGCGCCUGGUGUAUGUGAGCACGGAGGGGGAGCUGUCUGCUGCAUAUGCUGAGUUGAACAAUGGGAUUCUCGCUAAAAAAUACCCAAACUUCCUCAAGCAUGUGGCAAAGGUAUGUGAUUUUAGAAAAUAA